UCUGCAAGCAUUCUCAUUGGAGCAUAUGAACCCACUACAGAAUGCCGAAACAUUGGAAGCAAGUCAUUUGAAUGAUUAUAUUCAUCCCUGCUUUAAAUCAGCCCUUUGGGAAUGUGCCAAAAUUUACUAUACAUUUGGUGAAAUUCCUUCUGUACAUCAUGUUGAGAAACAAAGAGGAGAUGGGGUGGGGCUGACAGUCGAUGCAUACAAAUAUGAAAUUGUCUAUGUUGAGGGAAGAUGUUACUGUUUGACUGAAGUAUAUUGUGCAGUUGUACCCAGGCAGUUGUCUGAAAUCAAAGAGUUUACUUUUUUCUACGAAGCCAUUGUAAAAUGGGCACUUUUGGCAGGAAGAUGUCAAAAAACUCUUUCAGAUACCAACACUAAAAAACGGUCAUCACGUCUUUCUUAUGCAAUGAACCUAAGAGCACUUGAUAAUUUUAUCUAA